CACAACUUUAACAGGUGUUUAGUGUACAAGCUGUCAUAUGAUUUAUGCUGAAAAGUAAUUAACUUUUAACAUGGGUGCUUAUUUAUCAAACCCAUCUGUUGAGAAACGGUCAUGUGACGUGGUCAGUGAGAACAAAUACUCAUGUGGUGUGUCGGGCAUGCAGGGUUGGAGGAUAAGCAUGGAGGAUGCUCACAACUGUAUACCAGAGGUGGAUGAAGACACUGGACUCUUUGCUGUUUAUGAUGGACAUGGAGGUGGUGAGGUGGCAAUGUAUUGUUCCUACUACUUUGCCGAUGUUCUGAAACAAACAGAGGAAUAUAAGGAUGGGAGAAUGGGGGAGGCACUUAAAGCAACCUUCAUGAAAAUCGACCGAAAACUAAAAGAACCACGGAUUAUUAAGGAGUUGAAGUUGAUUAGCGAGCGGGAGCCGGGAGAUCCCCCUCCAACUGAAGAAGAGCUGACGAAGAAAGAUGAAGAAGAGGAAAAUGUUGAAGAUGAAACACGUUUAUUAUAUGAAGAAGCUACCAUGAGUAUUGAGGAUUUGUUGGCAAAAUAUGGAAGGGUUGCCAACGAAACUAAAGAAGCAAUUGAAAGUAUUAAACAUUCAAGUGAUGAUGUCACUGAUGAUGUCACCACAUCAAAAUCCUCUGUCAUUUCUUCCGACUUAAAGAAUGAUAGUGGAGAUAAUGCUAAAGAUGUUAACAGUUCAGAAACAUCACCAAGCAAGUCAGCUACAUCUGCCAGCAAAGAAAAUGAAAAGAAAAUUGAACAAACAGAAGGGAAAGCAACUGAUAAUGUUGGUGACAAAGAAGACGCAUGUUGUAACAAAGAUACAAACACUCAGGACACAAAUUUAAGUAACGGAAAACAAAAAGAAGAACCAAAUGCUGAAAGUGGUGAUGGGAAAAAAAAGAUCCAAUUGAAGAAGUUGAAGAAGACGUUUGUGAAGAGCAAACCACCACCACAAGAAGAGGAAGACUCAGAUGAUGAUGAUUUUGAAAAUGAAGAUUUUGAUGAAGAUGAAGAAGAUGAAAGUGAGGAGGAGACUUCUGAGGAGGAAGAUGAUGAAGAUGAAGAGGGAGAGGAGAAUGCUCCUUCUUUGGAAGCUUUGGCAAACUCUGCUUCAUCUGGGAUCGAAGAGCCAGGAUCAGACAGUGGUACCACGGCAGUAGUCGCUUUAUUAAGUGGGUUAGAUCUCCAUGUAGCCAAUGCUGGGGAUUCCAGAUGUGUCUUGUGUAGAAAAGAUGGCAAAGCAUUUGAUAUGUCCGAUGAUCAUAAGCCUGAAGAUGAAACUGAAUUGAAGAGAAUUACAGCGGCAGGGGGGCAUGUAAAUGUUCAGGGAAGAGUGAACGGAGGUUUAAACUUGUCACGAGCAAUAGGGGACCAUUGUUAUAAAACAAACAAGGAUAUCCCAUUAGAAGAUCAAAUGAUAAGUGCCAUGCCUGAUGUGAGAAGUGUGAAGCUUGAACCAACAGAUGAGUUCAUGGUCCUUGCAUGUGAUGGUAUAUGGAAUGUAUAUUCAAGCCAAGAAGUUGUGGAUUUCGUUCGUUCAAGACUUCAUCCCGAAAAAUGUGAAAAAUCUGCUGAGAAUGGAAAUGGGGAUGUUGAGAAAAAGAAAUCUGAGAAAAAACUUUCAUCAAUUUGUGAAGAGUUGUUCGACAAAUGCCUUGCUCCUGAUACCAUGGGAGAUGGAACUGGAUGUGAUAACAUGACAUGUAUGAUCAUUCAGUUCAACCCUGCUUGGCUUGGUGGGCAGCCAGAUAUGCUUGACACACCAGAUAGAGUCAUAACAAAUGACUUGCUACUUGGUGCUACAGAAAACAAGAGUGACGGACAAACUAAAGGAGUUAGCAAUGAUGUUGAUGCUAUUGACUCUACUGCCUCUGGUGACAAGGCAGACCUUAAUGAAUUGAAUUCAAAAAUUGGCGAAAACAUUUUAAAACUGAAGCGACCGCGUAGUGAAGAAAAUGAAAAUUUAAAAACUGUUGCGGAAAACGGGCUUGAAAAUGCUUCGAAAAAAAUCAAAUCCUGUACAGAGUAAAAUAGCAAAAUGUCCACAAACCAUAACGUUGUUAGGCACCUCAGGUCAUUGGGUUUCAUAAUUUGGGUACCAAUUUCAAAUUUCAAAUUUUCCUCUGGUAAAAUAAACAUUUGCGAUGAUAUAGCUUGGCUAUUGAAUGCGCUCUUUCUGUGCAAUGUUUGUGUGUCUCGAAAAAUUAUAAAGUCACCCAUUUUAUGAAAUGGUAAAGCAGUAAUGCUGCAUAACUUUCUCAACAAAUAAACUAUGGUGCGUGUCAUUAUAUUGAUGUGUAUGGCACACUGGAGUAUUCAUGACACACUGGACUACAUUAAUGAGCUAAUGUACAAAAUGAUAUUAAUUAAAAACACAUACAUGUUUGUUUUGAUCGUCUUUUUUGUGUUCCAAGUGAAAAUGUUGUUUUGGUGUCAAAUUUGUUAAAAAUAAAGUGAUUUUGAUAAUUACCGCAUAUACCAAUACUCACUGCCAUUGUAAAGCUUUUGUCCUGAAGUUGUAUUUUGUUUUGGUAUAUAAAUUUAUGUUCCUAUUUUUUCACAUCAAGGGCAAGGUUAUUCAUUUAUUAAGUUAAACCAAUUAGCAGUCAACUCCUGAAAAUUUUUAUAUUUAAAUUUAUGUUAAAAAAAUCUUUUAAGAGGUUUAAUUUUCUUACCCUUUACAGUUUAGUGUACCUGUUAAAAAUUACUACUCAACUCUUAAAAACAUAUUUUGUUGCAUAAAAAUUGUCUUUUGAAUUAUAUACUUGAAAUGAGGACAUAUUGCCCAAUCUGAACUAUUAUUCCAAAACACCAUUUUAAUUUUGAGGCAACUUAAAUUUUACCAUUCUAAAUGUGCCAACUUUACAGCACGAUUGUCAACAAUGUAAAUAUCCUUUUUUUGGCUGUUAAAUUUUGCGCAACCUUUACUUUAUAAGUCAAGGUUGUGUCACACACUGACCAACUGUGUUGCUCAUGCGAAAAUUAAAAUAAAUUUUCUUUUAUUGUGCA